CGGACACAUGCUUAGGCCCAACCAUGAUAUGUCCAUUUGUGAUGUACGAAGUACGAAGUAUAUCAUAGAUAUACGUCGUCAGUUUUCCCACAUGGAUAAGCAUAGACGAACACAGUGCUCAAGCUGAAGGCUCUCUGGAACCAUGGCUUCCUCUUCAACACAUUCUACUCUCACUCUAUCCACUUCACUUGUUCAACAGCAACUCAAUUCAUGCACCCACAGUCUUCCGUUCAAAGCUCUGUCAUUCUGCUCCAACAAGAUUUUUUCCAUCAACCCUCUCAAUCUUCAUUGCAGAGAGAGAAAGCCGCCCCUUUUUAACUGGGCUGAAAAUGGGCAUUCUUCCAAAUCAAUCAUUUUGGCUGCUGCUGCUUCUGUCUCCUCUGAAACAGAUGUUUCUGAUGAGGAUAUGGAAGAGCCUGCUGCUUCAAGCGCUCCCACAAAGCCAAAGACAGGCAAGGCCGCUUUGCUUCUCAAGAGGGACCGAAAAAGGUCCAAGAGAUUCUUGGAUAUUCAGAAGUUAAGGGAAAGUAGGAAAGAGUACGACUUGAAAACAGCCAUAUCAUUGCUCAAGCAAACAGCAAGCACAAAGUUUGUGGAAACAUCUGAAGCCCAUUUCCGAUUAAACAUUGAGCCGAAAUAUAAUGACCAGCAGUUGAGGGCGACCGUAAAUUUGCCCAAGGGAACCGGCCAGACGGUCAAAGUGGCUGUGCUUACCCAAGGCGAGAAGUUUGAUGAAGCAAAAAAUGCCGGAGCUGAUCUUGUUGGCGGCGACGAUUUGAUAGAACAAAUAAAAGGAGGUUUCAUGGAUUUUGAAAAAUUAAUCGCAACGCCAGAUAUGAUGGCUAAGGUUGCGAGUUUAGGAAGAAUCUUGGGUCCUCGGGGGCUCAUGCCAAAUCCAAAGGCGGGCACUGUAACGACAAAUUUACCUCAGGCCAUACAGGAAUUUAAGCAAGGGAAGGUUGAAUAUCGUGCAGACAAGACCGGGAUUGUCCACUUACCAUUUGGAAAAACUGGGUUUUCAGAUGAAGACCUUAUCCAAAACUUUCUUGCUGUUGUGAAAUCAGUGGAAGCGAACAAGCCAUCGGGUGCAAAAGGAAUGUACUGGAAAACUGCUCAUGUGUGUUCAUCCAUGGGGCCUUCCAUUCGGUUAAAUGUAAAGGAGAUGUUGGAGUUCAAGCUUCCAAGAGAUGCUUGAUUAUUAACGUACACUCUGACCUGUAAAGUGUAUCUUGUGAAACCGGAGAAGCUCCGUUUGGCACCUAUGCAAGCUUCUUGCAAGUCUGUAUUCCCUUUUGCUUCCCAGAAGUUUGAAUAUCAGUCCAAUAUACUACUAGCUUGUAUGCCUGCAAGGCAAGCUAGUAUUAUCCAUUUAAUUAAAUGAAUUAUAUGUCUAAUGUAAUUUGUUAAAACCAUGUUUAUAAAAAAAGGAUGACACCCUAUAUCUGAGGGGUUCCUUGAUCA